CAUCUAUUGAAGGUGUAAAGGAUGACUCGUGGUAACCAGCGAGAAGUAGAUCGUAUGCGUGCUGAAGCCCGCCAUUCUAAGAAGGGAACCGGCGAGAGAAAGGAGGGAAACCCGAUUGCCCGUAACGAAAACGAUGCAGCUCGUCUCGCCGCCAAAAUCGCUGCGAAGAAGGCUCGAGAAGAGGCCGAAGCUAAGGGUGAGGUCCCUGCCAAGAAGAAAGGAAAGUGAGUAGUAGAGUUUGAGUGAAAUGCAGGAAGUAAUACUAUACUCUGGUUCUUGUUGUUUUUUAUACACAGAUUUU